AUGAGGCCGGUAGCCGUGUUCGCUCUCCUGGCUUGCCUAGGAUUUGUCGUAGACAGUGCUGUAGCAGCUCCUAGGUUAAACAUGAUCACGAAACGAGACGGAGAUUCUUGUGAUGGGGGUAAUGGAGACGGUUGUGAUGGAGGGGAUGGCGGAGGAGACGGUGGUGGAGAUGGAUGCGAUGGUGGUAACGGGGAUGGAUGUGACGGAGGUGAUGGCGGUGACGGUGGAGAUGGCGGCGGCGAUGGUGGAGGUGAUGGAGGUGGUGGUGAUGGAGGCGGCAAUGGUGGCUGCGACGGUGGAGGUGGUGACUGCGGUGGCGGUAAUGAUGGAAACGGCGGUGGUGGCGGUGGUGGUGGUGGCGGUGGUGAUGGAGGCGGAGGAGAUGGUGGUGGUGGAGGAGAUGGUGGUGGUGGAGGAGAUGGUGGUGGAGGAGAUGGAGGAGGUGGUGACGGUGGUGGCGAUGGAGGCGGCGAUGGUGGCGGAGACGGUGGUGAUGGCGGUGAUGGUGGUGCAUCUGCUGGUGGAAGUGGAGGCGGGAGCAGCAGCAGCAGCAGUGAAGAGGAAGGCGAUGCUGAAGGCGGUGACGGAGGUGGAUGCGAUGGUGGUGAUGGCGGCGAUGGUGGAUGUGAUGGAGGGUGUGACGGUGGAGACGGAGGUUGUGAUGGCGGCGACGGGGGCGAUGGAGGAGACGGAGGAGAUUGCAGCGGUAACAACUGUGAUGGUGGAGAUGGCGGAGACGGUGGAGGCGACUGUGGCGGUGGCGAUUGCGGAGGGGAUGGUGGCGGCGACUGUGGCGGCGACUGUGGUGGAAAUGGUGGUGACGGCGGUGGAGAUUGUGGCGGAGAUUGUGGAGGUGGUGACGGUGGUGGAGAUGGCGGAUGUGGAGGUGAUGGCGGGUGUGACGGAGGUGAUGGUGGCGAUGCUGGUGGAGCUUCGGCUGCUGACGGUGGAGGUGGAUGCACAGGAGGAGGAGGAAGCAGUAGCAGCAGCAGUGAAGAAGAAUGUGAUGGUGGGGAUGGAGGUGACGGAGGUGAUGGCGGUGGAGAUGGUGGCGGAGACGGUGGUGGAGACGGUGGCGGUGAUGGCGGCGAUGGAUAUGAAGAAAGCAGUGCAGACCCCCCAGGUGGAAGCUACAACAAUGUAUUCCCUCCUUCUCGCCCUCAGUUCAUCCCAAUCUACAUUCCUAGGUGGGUCGGUGGGCAGAGUGGCGGAGACGGUGAUGGAGGUGACGGUGGUGAUGGAGGUGAUGGUGGUGAUGGAGGUGAUGGCGGAGAUAAUGGUGAUGGCGGAGAUGGUGGUGGUGAUGGCGGAGAUGGUGGUUGCGAUGGCAACGGAGGCGAGGGAUGCGAUGGUGGUGAUGGAGGAGGAGGAGGGAAUGGAGGAGAUGGCGGUUGCAACCUGGCUGGUGGUGAAUUAUGUGACGCUGGAGGGAAUGGAGCUGGUGGUAUCGAAGAGAGAACUGGAGCUGGCGGUAAUGGCGGCGGGAUCGGCGGUGGAGGAAACGGUGGUUCCACCAGACAUGGAUGUACUAAAUGCCCAGCAAAUAUGGUAAAGCAGUACAAGGUAUGUGGUUCUAACGGAAAGACCUAUGAAAGUCCAUGUCACCUAAGCUACGAAGCCUGUUCCAAAGCCAACAAGAAGCUCACGAUGACCAAGAUAGGGCGCUGCUAAAAUGGAACGGUGAUGAUGUUUAGUCAUUUGUUACAUAAUCACAAGACUGGAAACAUACAACCGUAUGAUGUACUAUCUCCACAAUUUGAAUUACAUAAAACAAAUCCUUGAUCUCUUGUAUAUUUGUUUCGAUACUCCAUUCGUCUUUGUUCUGUUGGUGAUGUUAUAUCAUUGUAAUCCUUCUUACGCACCUUUUACUAAAAAUUGUAGUUUGCCUUUGAUCAUUUUUUUUGGUUUCAUGUCAACUCUUUUACCUUUUUUGUUUGUCCAAGUUUUGUACUCUGUUCUUUUACGUUGAUUUUAUUUCUGUUUUGCUUUGCUGUAUGAUUUCGUUUCUAGUGUCUUAUUUAUUUGCAUUCCUAUGCAUAGAAAAAAUAAAUUGUUUUG